CAUCUCCACCCACCCGCCGCCGCCAUGCGCAAGCAGCUCGAUGCGCGCAUCGCCGCGCUCAUCCGCAGCGGCAUCGCCGCCCAGCACCGCAGCUUCUUCGUCCUCGUCGGCGACCACUCGCGCGACCAGAUCGUCAACCUGCACUUCCUCCUCUCCUCGGCGCGCACCGCGGCGCGGCCCUCGGUGCUGUGGUGCUACAAGGCCGACCUCGGCUUCACGACGCACCGCAAGAAGCGCGAGGCCAAGAUCAAGCGCGACGUGCAGCGCGGCAUCCGCGAUAAGGACAGCGCCAGCCCGUUUGAGCUCUUCGUCGGCGUCACCGACAUCCGCUACUGCUACUACAAGGAGACGGAAAAGGUGCUCGGCAACACGUACGGCAUGCUCGUGCUGCAGGACUUUGAGGCCCUCACGCCCAACCUGCUCGCGCGCACGAUUGAGACCGUCGAGGGCGGCGGAGUCGUCGUGCUGAUGCUCAAGACGAUGAGCAGCCUGCGCCAGCUGUACGGCGUCGCCAUGGACGUGCACAAGAGCUACCGCAGCAACUUCUCCUCGGCCGACCCCGUGGCGCGCUUCAACGAGCGCUUCCUCCUCUCGCUCGCGUCGUGCGAGCGCGCGCUGUUCCUCGACGACGAGCUCAACGUGCUGCCCGUGUCGCGCGGCCGCGACAUUGUCGCGCCCGAGGAGGGCGCACGGCCACGGCGCAAGGGCGACGAGGAGCUGCAGUGGAUCCUGGACGAGACGAAGGGCACGAAUGUCGUCGGCGACGUGGUGAAGCACUGCAAGACGCGCGAUCAGGCCAAGGGUGUCCUCACGAUCCUCGACGUGCUCGCCUCAUCACAACUGGCCACCACGGUGGCCCUCACUGCCGGCCGUGGCCGCGGCAAGUCGGCGGCGCUGGGUCUCUGCAUGGCCGCCGCCGUGGCGCACGGCUACGCCAACAUCUUCGUCACCAGCCCUGCGCCCUCCAACCUGCGCACGCUCUUCGAGUUCCUCUUCAAGGGCCUCACCGCGCUGGGCUACGACGAGGUGAGCGACUGGAGCGUGCAGCGCGGCGUCGGCGAGUGGAAGGACGCCGUGGUGCGCGUCAACAUCUUCCGCGGCCACCGCCAGACGAUCCAGUACAUCGACCCUGCCGACUCGCACGUGCUGGGCCAGGCCGAGCUGGUCGUCGUCGACGAGGCGGCUGCGAUCCCGCUGGCGCUCGUGCGCAACCUCAUGGGCCCAUACCUCGUCUUCCUCUCCAGCACCAUCAACGGCUACGAGGGCACGGGCCGCAGCCUGAGCCUCAAGCUCAUCCAGCAGCUGCGCGAGGGCGCAUCGAAGACGGACGAGGACGACGGCAGCGCCGCGGCGCUCGUGCGCAAGUCGACGUCGAGCUCCUCCAAGCUCGGCGCCAAGGCGCUGACGGCAGAGCACUCGGGCGCACUGGGCGCGCGCAGCCUCAAGGAGGUCACGCUCGAAGAGCCGAUCCGCUACGGCGCAGGCGAUGCCGUCGAGGCGUGGCUGCACAACCUGCUCUGCCUCGACGCAUCUCUCACGCCGCUCUCGGCGCGCGGCUCGCCGCAUCCCUCGACGUGCACGCUGUUCGGCAUCAACCGUGACGCCCUCUUCAGCUACCACCCGGCAUCAGAGGUCUUCCUGCAGCGCGUCAUGGCGCUCUAUGUUGCGGCGCACUACAAGAACAGCCCCAACGACCUGCAGCUCAUGUCCGACGCGCCGGCGCACCGUCUCUUUGUGCUGCUCGGCCCGCGGGAAGGCAAUGCGCUGCCGGAGCCGCUCGCCGUCGUGCAAGUGGCGCUGGAGGGCAACAUUGCACGCGACAGCGUCAUGCGCAGCCUGGCUCGCGGCACGCGCGAGUCGGGUGACCUUAUCCCCUGGUCGAUGAGCCAGCAGUUCCAGGACGCCGACUUCGCAGCGCUCAGCGGCGCUCGUGUCGUGCGCAUUGCGGUGCACCCGGAGCACGCCCGCGCGGGCUACGGCACACGCGCCGUCGAGUGCCUGCGCGCCUUCUACGCUGGCGAGCUGCUCGAUGCAGACGCCUUGGCAGUGCGUGCGGCACGGGACGCAGGCGCUGAGGAGGAGGAUACGUUCGAGCGGGCGCGCGACGCACCGGCAGCUGCGCUCGACGCGGACAAGGUGGCGGUGCGCGACGCCCGGCGCAUGCCGGCGCUGCUCGAGAAGCUCGAGGAGCGGCGGCCCGAGGCGCUCGACUGGAUUGGCGUCGCCUUUGGCCACACGCCGUCGCUCUUCCGCUUCUGGCGCCGCGCCGGCUUCGUGCCGCUGUAUCUGCGGCAGAUGGCCUCCGACCUCACUGGCGAGCACACGAGCCUCAUGCUGCGGCCCCUCGACGCCGAGCGGCCCUCGUGGCUGCAGGCUUUCGCCGAGGACUUCUCGCGGCGCUUCGUCUCGCUGCUCUCCUUCCGCUUCCGCACGCUCGAGUCCGUCUCGGCCCUCACGAUUCUCGAGACGGCGGCGUCUGCCUCGCGUGCCGCCGGCGAGCUCGGCGCCAAGCUGGAGCUGCCUGAGCUGCGCACGCUGCUCUCGCCCUUCGACAUGAAGCGUCUCGACGGCUACGCCAACUCGUCGCUCGAGCUGCCCAUCGUCGUCGAUCUGCUGCCGGCGCUCGCCGGCCUCUACUUCAUGCGGCGGUUACGUGCGGUCGCCGAGUCGAGCGCGGGCGCCGCAGAGGCGGUGCCGGCGGAUGAGGAGGAGGAGCUGAAGCUGCCGGCGCUCCAGAGCGCAAUCCUGCUCGCCGUCGGCCUGCAGCGCAAGGACAUUGGCGAUGUCGAGCGCGAGCUGUCGCUGCCGCGUGCCCAGGCCGGCGCGCUCUUUGUCAAGGCUGUGCGCAAGAUUCUCACCUCGCUGCGCGCCAUUGAACGCUCGGCCGCGAGCCGCGAGAUGCCCGCUGCGAGCUCGGACGCGGCGGCAGGCUUCAAGCCGCUGGCACGCAGCCUCGACGACGAGCUCAAGCUGGCCGGCGACGAGGCCAAGGAGCAGCGCGCCGAGGCUGACAAGGCCAAGGCGGGCGUCUCGAAGCUCGACGGCCUCGAGAAGUACGUCAUCCGCGCCACCGACGGUUGGGAGGAGGCCGAGGCGCAGGUGGCACGCGCCAUGCAGGACGCUCCGGGGCGGAAUACCAUCGUGUCGCUGCGCGGCGAGGCGCGCGACGAGGCCUCGUCGCCGGCGAGCGACAAGGGCAAGAAGCGCAGCAAGUCCGACGAUGCGGCCCGGCGCGGCAAGAAGCACAAGGGCAAGUGAGCAGCUGCGGGACGGCAAUGUACAUCUAUAUCACCCCUAUGA